GGGCGCGGCUCGCUCAUCGGCCCGCGGGGCACCUACCUGGGCGGGAAGCCCCACGAGUGCCCGCAGUGCGGCAAGGCCUUCAGCCGGAAGUCCCACCUGCUCACGCACGGGCGCACGCACACCGGGGAGAAGCACUACCGCUGCGAGCAGUGCGGGAAGAGCUUCAGCGACGGCUCCAACUUCAGCCGGCACCAGACGACGCACACCGGGGAGCGGCCCUACCGCUGCCGGGACUGCGGGCGCAGCUUCAGCCGCAGCGCCAACCUCGUCACGCACCGGCGCACGCACACCGGCGAGAAGCCCUUCCGCUGCGCCGAGUGCGGGAAGCGCUUCAGCCGCGGCCCCAACCUGGCGGCGCACCGUCGCACGCACACCGGCGAGAAGCCCUACGCCUGCCCCGAGUGCGGGAAGGGCUUCGGCAACCGCUCCAGCCUCCACACGCACCGGGGCAUCCACACCGGCGAGAAGCCGUACGCGUGCAAGGAGUGCGGGGAGGCCUUCAGCUACAACUCCAACCUCAUCCGGCACCAGCGCGUGCACACCGGCGAGCGGCCCUACCGCUGCGCCGACUGCGGCCAGCGCUUCAGCCAGAGCUCGGCGCUCGUCACGCACCGCAGGACGCACACCGGCGAGCGGCCCUACCAGUGCGGCGAGUGCGGCAAGAGCUUCAGCCGCAGCUCCAACCUGGCCACGCACCGGCGCACGCACCUGGCCGAGAAGCCCUACAAGUGCGGGGUGUGCGCCAAGAGCUUCAGCCAGAGCUCCAGCCUGAUCGCGCACCAGGGCGUGCACACCGGCGAGAAGCCCUACGAGUGCCCGGCGUGCGGCGAGAGCUUCAGCUGGAGCUCCAACCUCACCAAGCACCAGCGCACGCACACCGGCGAGCGGCCCCACCGCUGCGCCCAGUGCGGGAAGGGCUUCGGCCAGCGCUCGCAGCUGCUGGCGCACCAGCGCACGCACACCGGCGAGCGGCCCCACCGGUGCGCCCAGUGCGGGAAGGGCUUCAGCCGCGGCUCCGUCCUGCUCAUGCACCAGCGGGCGCACCUGGGCCACAAGCCCUACCGCUGCCCCGAGUGCGGGAAGGGCUUCAGCUGGAACUCGGUGCUCAUCAUCCACCAGCGGACCCACACGGGCGAGAGGCCCUACCGGUGCCCCGAGUGCGGCAAGGGCUUCAGCAACAGCUCCAACUUCAUCACGCACCGCAGAACUCACGUGCGGGACAAGCCGCGCUGAGGCAGGGGCCGCGAGGUCCGGACGUGAUCGUUUUCUGGUUACAGCUUGUGAUUGGCUUGGCCAUCCUCCUCCUUACUGCGCCAUGCCUCAGUGGCAAAAUGGGGGGAAGCCUGUUACCUCAACUGAGCUGUCAGGAAAGCGAGAUAGAUGUCUUGGGGCUCUGCUGCCCCUUUGUGAGGCGAAGCUGCCCGCACCCAGGGCCGCCUGCCUGGGGCAGGGCCCGCUUCUUCCUUGGGCUUUGAUUGGCUUCAGCUCAGACCCGGUGGGCCUCCAGCCUGUCAUCCGCAGAAAGGCAAAGCUCUUGUCCCUUUCCACGGGAGUCAGGUACAGAGCACCGGAAGUGAUCCAGGUGCAAACUGCGAUUUAUGCGCUUCAUUUGUGUCUCGUUCUGUAGGGAGCUCACCACCGGGAGCACACUUGUGCUGCUUUGUGUUCGGAGUGUGGGGUCUGCACCCCAAGUGCCUAAACAUGGUGCGGGGUGGUUUGUCUCAUCCAGGGUGAGCCAGCCUGCAUGCUGAGCUCUUGUGUUCUCCUUGUUAUAUUUUCUAAAUGCAGCACUGCAAUCCUGUCCAGUAGCUUUUGUACCCUAAGAACAUUGUUUUUUUAAGAAAAUGUCAGUUUUGAGAACAUUAAAAUCUCUGGAGAACUUUGGG